AUGCUCUUCAGCACUUAUAAAUUUAAAAGAGAAAAUCAAUCCGAAAACGACGCAAAGACGGAUAAGGAAAUAGGGCCUUCGAGCCUUGAAAUAGCCGCUCGUACGGUCGGAGACCUUAGCAAACUACAGACUGUAAAACAAGCAGUAUUCGAUUCCUACGACAAUCAAUAUAGUGAAUGUCUCCCGGGGACCCGGAUUGACCUGCUUCGAGAAAUCGACGAGUGGGCAAAAUCGCCACACGGAAAAUGUAUAUUCUGGUUGAACGUUGUAAGCCGUCUUCAAGAGCAGGAGCUUCUCGGGGCCAGCUUCUUCUUUCGGAGAGGUGAAGAGGACAGAGGAACAGUAAAAAAGCUUUUCCCAACAUUGACUAAUAUACCUCAAAUGCUGCCUCGAGUUCAAAAGGCAAUUGACGAUGACCCUAAUAUUUCGGAAAAGGUGUUAAGAGAACAAUUUGAAAAGCUUCUACUGGAUCUACUAUCUGGAAUUGAGCAGCGCGAAGAGACCACAAGAAGAGUGAUCAUGAAUGCGAUUCGAAAGUCAACUUCCGUGCAGCUACGGUUUUUAUUGACAAGCAGACCUGAGUUGCCGAUCAGGCUGGGCUUCGAAGGGAUCAUCGAUGCCUAUCAGGAUUUGGUCCUAUAUAAGAUCGAAAAGCCAGUGAUAGAGUAUGAUAUAUCCUUGUAUUUUGAGGAUCAGUUCGUGCGCCUGAAACAGAGGCGCUCGUUUCCACCAGACUGGCCCGGAGACGCAGCUACUAAGGAAUUGGUUGAUAGGGCCGUCCCUCUAUUUAUUGCAGCUGCUACCCUAUGUCGUUUUAUCGGUGAUGCAAAAUAG